AGCCCCCAGUGGAUGUACAAGGAGGUUUCCGAGGGCUGUGCGGCUCCUGGAUGCCGGAGGGUUCUCUACAGCUCCUGUUGCUCCGGGGAGCUCCCGUGCCAUGAGGACAGCCCCGCAGACGUCAAGCCUUGCGCAUCGCCAACCCCGGCCCUUCGCUCCUUCCCCACGGAGCUCGGGUUUCCCCUUCUUGCUCCGGUGACGCUGCCCGUCCUGAGACGUGCCGGCAGAGCCGCGGCCGCACGCCGGGGUGGCCGCCAGCGUCGCGGCGGGUGGCCAUGCUAACCUAGUGGCCAGGCGCCUGGCUAACCCCCAGCCCCGCCACCGGUUGCCGUGUCCCGGCACGGCACCCCGUCCCAACCAUGGACCCGGCCCCGGAGGUGAAGAGGAAUAGGUUCCCCAGCAUGAACUUUGAAGCAGAGAUUCUGACAGCUCCACACGAUAAUUCAGAGCUAUAUGUGAUCCCUUCCAUGAGAAGUCUCACGGCUGAGGAGUAUGCAGAGGCCUUUAAGUCAUUUUUGGAUCAUUCAACGGAGCAUCAGUGCAUGGACGAGUUCAACAAGGAAGAGAUGCCCAACAUCGUGGCUGGUCUCGGCAAUGGAAAAUCGACUAUAAAUGUUCUGGGAGUUGGAAGCGGCACAGGUGAGCAGGACUUGAAAAUGAUCAGGAUAAUGCAGGCUGCACACCCAGGGGUCCUUAUUGACAACGAAAUCAUAGAGCCCAACCCACAGCACGUGGCAGCUUACAAAGAGUUGGUGAAUCAAGCUCCAGAUCUGCAGAACGUCUCUUUUCUUUGGCACCAGCUCACUUCCCUGGAGUACGAACAGCAAGUGAAAGAGAAAGGCGCACAUAAGAAAUUUGACUUCAUCCAUAUGAUUCAGAUGCUGUACCGUGUGGAGGAUAUUCCCAAUGCUAUCAAGUUUUUCCACAGCUGCCUCGACCACCACGGUAAACUCCUGAUCAUAAUUUUAUCAGACAGUAGCGGAUGGGCCAGCUUAUGGAAGAAGUACAGACACUGUUUGCCUUCCACCGACAGCGGCCACUACAUCACCUCCAACGGCAUCACGGAUGUUUUGAAGAGACUGGGUGUUGAAUACCACGUUUAUGAGUUCCCAUCGGGCUGGGAUAUCACCGAGUGCUUUAUCGAGGGGGACCCGGUUGGAGGCCACAUGAUGGAUUUCCUGACGGGGACGAAAAACUUUCUGGGCACGGCCCCCCCGGGGCUGCGGCGGCAGCUGCAGGAGGCUCUCUGCCAGCCCGAGUGCAGCAGCAAAAAGGACGGGAGGAUCAUCUUCAGCAACAACUUGAGUAUGAUUGUGGUUGAAUCCUAGAGUCCAGACCACCUGCAGAAGAAAAGUCAGGAUGGGUACAGGGGCGAUGUGGUCGCAGAAGGGCAUAGCGUAGAAAGAAGGCAACUUGCAGGCAAGAAGGCAAGAAAGUGGGGCUCAGCUGCAGCCCCCCGUUCCCAGCCAGGGUCGGCGGAGCCGCCUGCAGAACCAGGGAUGAGUCUUUGUCCUGCUGAGGUCAACGGGGCCAAGAUUUCACCCCGGCUAUUUAGUCCAGCCCUAGGAGAACGUUUUCCAGAAAGUAAAGAGCUCCAUCUCGCUAAAAGCCUACGUGGACUUGUUUUUUAACAGUAUGCAUCCUGUCUGUGCUUUUGACACUGGGAUCUCCACUUUUCGAUAUAGCCAGCAUGUUUACAUACCUAAAGAUAUAUCUAUAUGACCAGGCAUUGCUCUGCAGCCAGGAGGAGGCUGCAGCCCCCAUGCUGGCUGUGUACAGACCCACUGCUUCCAGCUGCACCAGGACAAAACCAGCAAGGUGUCCCCACUGCUUUGCACCCAAGUAAUGUGCCUCCCUGCACCCAGACCCGAGCUGUAAGUUGCUCUGCACUAGGCUAUUUCACAUGGUUUUAUCAGCGUAGGUAUUACUGCCCCAAGCAUCUCGCAAUAUAGACAUGUUUUAAAAAUUUUUCAGCCUUUUUGUUUGGAGAAUUUUUUGGAUCCCAGGAUGAUACUUGCCCUGUGCUCUUUCAGGCAGAUAUUAAUUUUGUUACUUUCUUACUACUGUUUUUCUCCAUAUAAAAUAAAAGCAAUUUUAAACCAAAA